AUGGAGGGGAUCCUAGACUUCUCCAAGGAUCUUGACCUCGACUUGUUCGACAAAGUCGUAGAAACAUUCUACAAAUCAGGCCCAGACCAACGACAAGCACAACUCGUGCUCAACCAGUUUCAGGAGAACCCUGACUCUUGGAAACGAGCAGAUGCCAUUCUUUCGCUGUCCAAAAAUGCCCAAUCCAAAUACAUUGCUUUGUCCUGCUUGAACAAGUUAAUCCAGUACAGAUGGAAGACUAUUCCUGAGACUGAGCGUGUUGGCAUCAGGAACUUCAUUGUCGAUAUGAUUAUCGCCUUGUGUGAUGACGAGCAAAUCUUCAAGACCGAGAGAGCUCUCAUCAACAAAAUUGACUUGACAUUGGUGUCUGUCUUGAAGCAGGAGUGGCCACACAACUGGCCACAGUUUAUUCCUGAAAUUGUCAUGAGCUCCCGUUCGUCCUUCAACGUUUGUGAGAACAACAUGAUCAUUUUGAAGUUGAUGAGUGAGGAAGUGUUCGACUUCUCCCAGGAGUCCAUGACCCAAGCUAAGGCCAAUAACUUGAAGUUGAGUUUGAAGGCCGAGUUUGAGCAAAUUUUCAAAUUGUGUUACGAAAUUUUAGACAAGACCAACAAGGUUUCUUUGAUCGUGGCCACUCUUAAUGCCCUCUUGAGAUACAUUCAUUGGAUUCCGUUGAACUACAUCUUUGAGACAGACCUUUUGCAUUUGUUGACCAACAAGUUCUUGGCCCCAGCUGAUACGAGAGCUAUCACUCUCAAGUGUUUGACCGAAGUUUCGAGUUUGGUGUCUCCAGGUAACGAAGAGAAAUUUGUGGGCUUCUUCCAGAACGCCAUGGAGAAGAUUGUCACGAUUGUGCCAUUGAACUCCGGUACUACCCUCAAAAAGUCCUACCAGGUGGCAAACUCAGAUGACCAGUCAUUCUUGCAAGACUUGGCCAUGUUCUUGUGCACUUUCUUGCACAACCACCUUCAGGCCCUAGAACUGGCUGACGGCUUGAAAGAGUUGCUCCUUAUUUCAUUGGAGUACCUUAUUGAACUCUCUAGAAUUGAGGAGCGUGAAUUAUUCAAAACGUGCUUGGACUUCUGGACUGGCUUCGUCCAGGGUUUGUUCGAAGAGAUCCAGAACUUGCCUGCUAAUGAGUUGAGUCCAUUGAUGCAGCUUUCCUACGGCUCUUCGUUACGUCCAUCUUCAAAUGGUGCUCCAGACCCAGCUGUGUUGGCUAGAUUCCCCUUGAGACAGCAUAAGUACGCUGGCAUCCUCUCCAAGUUGAGAUUGGUGGUGAUUGAGAAUAUGGUCAGACCCGAGGAAGUGUUGAUCGUUGAGAACGAUGAGGGUGAAAUUGUUAGAGAGUUCGUGAAGGAGAGUGACACCAUCCAGUUGUACAAAUCUAUGAGAGAAGUUCUCGUGUAUUUGACCCAUUCAGAUGUUGUGGAUACCCAAAAUAUUAUGGAGGAGAAACUUGCCCGUCAAAUCGACGAAAGCGAGUGGUCGUGGCAAAACAUCAAUACCUUGUGUUGGGCCAUUGGUUCCAUCUCCGGUACGAUGAAUGAAGAUAUGGAAAAGCGUUUCCUUGUUGGUGUUAUCAAGGACUUGUUGUCCUUGACUGAUUUGAAGAGAGGUAAAGAUAACAAGGCUGUCGUGGCCUCGAACAUCAUGUACAUUGUUGGCCAAUACCCCAGGUUCUUGAAGGCUCACUGGAAGUUCUUAAAGACUGUCGUCAACAAGUUGUUCGAGUUUAUGCACGAGUCCCAUGAGGGUGUGCAAGAUAUGGCAUGUGAUACAUUUAUCAAGAUAACGACAAAGUGUAAGAGACAUUUUGUUGUUACGCAACCAGCUGAGACAGAGCCAUUUAUCGUUGAGAUCAUCCGCAACAUACAAUCCAUCACUGAGGACUUGCUGCCUCAACAGGUGCACACAUUCUACGAAGCCUGUGGUAUCAUCGUCAGUGCACAGACCCAAAAGGAUUCUCGUGAUAAGCUUUUAAGUGACUUAAUGGCUCUACCAAAUGUCGCUUGGAAGGCUAUCGUAGAGAGAGCUGCACAAGACUCCACUUUGUUGGUCGACAGCGAGAAUGUGAAGAUCAUUGCUAACAUCAUCAAGACAAAUGUUGCUGUCUGUAAAGCCAUGGGGCCUGGUUUCUACUCCCAGCUUGGCUUGAUGUAUGUUGACAUGUUGUCUUUGUACAAGGCUGUCAGUGAGAUGAUCUCAAACCUAGUUGCAUCUGAGGGCGUCAUUGCCACCAAAACUCCAAAAGUGAGAGGCUUGAGAACCAUCAAGAAGGAAAUCUUGAAGAUGAUUGAGACUUACAUUAAUCAGGCAGACAAUUUGGAUGAAAUCGUUCGCGAUCUUUCCCAGCCAUUGUUUUCAGCCGUGUUGGGAGACUACAAGAGCAAUGUCCCUGAUGCUCGUGAUGCUGAGGUUUUGAAUUGUAUGACUGCAUUGGUUUCCAAGGUGGGCCACAUGAUUCCAUCUGGUGUUUUCCUCAUACUUCAAAAUGUGUUUGAAUGCACACUUGAUAUGAUCAAGAACGAUUUUGUCGAGUACCCUGAGCAUAGAGUCGAGUACUAUAAGUUGUUGAAGGAGAUCAAUUCUAAAUGCUUCGAAGCUUUGUUGCAGCUUUCGGGCGAGGCCUUCCAAUUGUUAAUCAAUGCAUCCCUCUGGGCUUUGAGACAUAAUAACAGAGAAGUCGAGGAGAAUGGUUUGUCAUUGACGAUAGAAUUGAUCGAAAACGUCGAAAAGCUCGGUAGCACACCAUUCACCAAGGUCUUCUACGAGAACUUCUACUUCCAAAUUCUUUCGGAUACAUUCUAUGUGUUGACACAACCAGAUCACAAAUCUGGUUUCAACUACCAGGCACAGCUUCUUGCUCAACUUCUCCAUCUCGUCGAGGAUGGCGUCAUCAAGGACCCAUUGUACCCUCCAGGACAAGCUGCUGAGGGCACUACCAACUCACAAUACCUCAAGGAGUACUUGGGCAACUCUUUGUCGUCGGCAUUUGAGAAUUUGCAGAGAGAGCAGCUCGUCAACUUCUUGAACGUGUUGACUGGCGUAUACAAGGAUCUCGAAAAAUUCAAGGGCACGUUGAGAGACUUCCUCGUGCAAAUCAAGGAGUUUGGCGGAGAUGCCACCGACUACCUUUACGCUGAAGACAAGGAGCUUGAGAAGCAAGAACAGAAUAGAAUCAAGAGAGAGAAGGAUCUCAAGGUUGCCGGAUUGAUCAAACCGGCCGACAUGGAAGAUUGA